CUCUCUGACGGCCGGCAUAGAGGCAACCAAGUAGGCAGUCGGCUACGCCAUUGUUGUAAAGGGCAGCGCUUGAGGCGCACGCCAAGUUCGGACGCUUACGCAGUUUAUUUUCACUUAUCACCCAUCCCGUUGCUGUGAUAUUAGAUUGUUUUAUAUUCCAUAUUAGUAACGAGGGAACGAAACCAGAAAGAAUGGAAGACGACCAGCAGUUCUGCCUUAGAUGGAAUAAUCAUCAGAGUACAUUGAUCCAGAACUUCGACACGCUUCUCGAAAGCGGGACGCUUGUCGACUGCACAUUGGCAGCAGAGGGGAAAUACCUGAAAGCCCAUAAGGUAGUUCUAUCUGCGUGCAGUCCUUAUUUUGAGGGGCUCCUCAGUGAACAUUAUGACAAGCAUCCUGUCUUUAUACUCAAAGAUGUUAAGUUUAAAGAAUUAAAAGCAAUGAUGGACUAUAUGUACAGGGGAGAAGUAAAUAUCUCCCAAGACCAAUUGGCAGCACUUCUUAAAGCCGCCGAGUCUCUGCAAAUUAAAGGUCUAUCAGAAAGUAAAACAAGUGGUAGUAGUAAGACGGAUUCUAGGCAACAAAAGGUCGUUCCGCAAACAUCACAGCCCGACAUUCCAAUUUCGUCUUCCGGUCUUACGAUAGAAAAGAACAAAGUUCCUAGGCAGGGUGUGUCGCAAGGUCCCCUGGGGGAUUUACCUGAAGACUCUGCCAGUCCUCAAAUACCCAAGGGUUUGUCCUCUAGGGAAGGUUCCCAAAGUCCCACAUCAAGGAAAAGAAAAAGAUUUAGACGAAAAAGUAUAGGUGAUGAUAAUUCAGUAGAAAACCACGAAGCUUCGAAUUCAAGUGACAUGCCUCAACAAAUGGGUGUCCCUGCGCUUGGAAUUGCACCCGUAGCAGAUGAAAAAUCACAUGCAGACCCCACAGAUUCCAUUGGCAGGUCAGCCUUAAUGACGCAGCUGACGAAACCUGCCGAUGAAAUGUUACAGUUGCCGCUAGAAAAACCCGAACCAAGUGAUAAUCUCAUUGAACCAAAGUCUGAAUAUCUCGAAGAUCCAGAAGAAAGCGUCGAAGAUCUGACGCUGGAUGACGACAUGAAUGAUUUGAACGAGAUGGAACAAGAUAACAAUAGAGCCGGCCCAUCCCACGACCCCUCCCAGCAUCCUGCAGGUAUAGGUGCGUGGCACGUUACCGGCGACCGAAGUAACGCGGGAGGAGUUGUGGGCUCGGUGGCAGGAGCUCCCGGAACGACAGAUGAAGUCUUUCUAGCAGCUCAAGAGGCCGCGCAGGCCCAUCGCGACUCUCAAGCCGAAGACCUGAGCAUCACUGGACUAAAGUGGGCGGCUGCUUGGCACAGAUGGAGCGUGCCUUCGAUCAUGUGGCGAUCCGGCGGAGGAUUGGGCAAAGGGCUUGGUUCUAGCUCCUCGAAUCCUGAAGGCUUCAAUUGUCCAGCCUGUGGCAGGGUAUACAAGCUGAAGAGUAGCCUGAGAAAUCAUCAGAAGUGGGAGUGUGGCAAAGAGCCUCAAUUCCAGUGUCCUCACUGUGUGUACAGAGCGAAGCAAAAGAUGCACAUCGCGCGGCAUAUGGAACGAAUGCACAAAGAGAAAAUUUACAAGCAGGAGCUCGUCUAACGAGGGUGGUGAACACGGAAACCGUCGACGUCGUCGUCCGAGCGCGAAAGAGGCUACAGAAACGACUACACAUUCGGUCGAGUGGCACACAUCGCGGGCAACGUUGAGAACGAUGUUAGGAAAAACGCGCAUCGCCGUCUUCUUUCGCGCUUGGUUCACGUUCCAAUAACGAUCGCAACGAGAACGUACGUAUACAGAGGCGCGCGUGGAGAGAAAGAGGCGACAAAGAGAGAGAGAGAGAGAGAGAGAGAGAGAGAGUGAAGAACGGAACGAGGCUAAUUCAGCAAGGAUCGCGAUCGAAACCGAUCGAGAGCGGUGAGACGCGAAGACGACGCGGCUGGUUCAGCUAUCCGCGGGCAACCGCGGUAGCCUCCGAAAACGGCAAACUGCCUAGCCUCCUUAUCUCGAUCCUCCAUUCUAUUUUUUUUAACGUUUUUCUAAGGUUUAUUAUUAUUAAUUAUUAAUUAUUAUUACGUAUAUUGAUUAAUUAAUUAAUCGAUUGAAUAAUAUUAUUUUCGCGUAGCGAGAUGUACCGCGCAUUAACGAGAGACCGCGUCAAUCUCCCACUCGGGGCGAUGUCUUCGGAGACAACUGCGUUCUCUCCAAUUAUGAUAUACAUACAUACAUACGUACGUACGUACGUACGUACAUACAUACAUAUAUACAUACAUACAUACCUACAUACGUUUCUCCAAUCGACAAGAAGUGUUUGUCGAGAUCGCGUCGCGGUAUUCCUCCAUCUGGAAUCGACACGUUUUCUUAAAACACGAUCGACGCGUUUUUUUCAGAACACGAUCGACGCGUUUUUUCAAAACACGAUCGACACGGUCAGCGAUCGAGUUUUCGAACGAUCGAUCACCCGACACGCGCCAAGUACGUUCGUACGACGUGUUCGCCGGAUUCUGGAGGAGCUAGCCAAAACGACUUGGAGCAAACAUAGAGGAGGUCCGAGUCGAAUGAGAAUCAUUAAGCAGAAUCGUCCCGGUAGAGAACAGCCCGCCCCGAGUCGGAUUAGGACCGCCCGGUAAACCGGAGCUCUUCCAAUAGCAACCAUUCUGGUCACACUGGUUCCAUAUUUUUAAACGAGCUAAGCCGUGCGCGCGUGGCUCACCAGGGACACCAAAAUCGCGAGGGAAAGCAUUUUCCAAAUUUCACUGAAUAAUUGCUUCAUCGUACCGCGGGAUCGUUCUUCGAUCUGGUUCUCGUGCUUCGUGUCAAAGUUAGAUUCGACACACGCCACAUACACCAAACUUUUUUAAGCGCUAAGUUUACACGAUCCGACAUACGUAUUGAGCGUCGCAUCAGCGAACUCGAAUCGAAAACUCUUACACGAUAACCCUUCAAAGCAGAACCUGUCCGAUACGAUGUGAGGAGACACGGAUCUGUCAUUCCGACUCGCGUUUAUCUUUUCGGCCUUUUCGACGAAGGCAGCCAUUUUAUUACAUCCCUCGCUGCCGCUUUGAAGCGGUAAACUACAGAGGGUACAGUAUUAAGCACCGAUUCGGUCUUUUCUAUACGAUCGAAUCGCGCGUCUUCUGCUUCUCACUAAUGCUUCCUUCCAUACACGGGACUUUAAAAGCGUACAUGCGUACAAUCAUGUACGCGUACGCAAUACGCACAUACAUACAUACACACACACACACACGUUACACACACACAUACAGACGUUAGCACGCGUCCCGCGUGCCUCUAUACUUAUAUACAGAUACACGUACACACAAGAUUACAUAUAUUUUAAGUUCAGCGGGGUAUUCCUAUAGCAUUGUGAUCAUCAGACUGCCAGAUACACGAACCUAGUAGAUUCCUAUACGAUGCAUUUAAGUAUAUACAUAUAUUUAUAUUAUAUAACGCGUAUAAUAUUAUUGCUUUUUAAUUAAGUGAUUCUCGAGGUUAAGAUCAUUCGCGUUUCUUCGUACGAUAUUUUGUUAUGCACUGCCGACAAACCUAGAAGCACGUUAACCGGUUCGAUGGAACGACGCAUCGCGUUUGCCGAGCGCGGGCCCGUCGCGACGCAAUCGUCGUUCACCUUCUAUCCCCCCAUCGUCCGAUCUUUUCUACAACGUUCUUCCACUUGACGAAUAACCGUAAGUAACGUUCCCGAUCGUUCUUCAUCGAUCGAUCGUAUCUUUUCGCAUCUAACGUUAUCGGUCCCGGGUAACGCUUGAUCGUAACAAGUGUACCGUCGCAAAUGUUCCUCGAGCAGUUUGUUCGUUCGACUAUCCUCGGCCCAUACACACACACACACACAAGGUAACGGUGGGGCGGACAAGAAAAAACGUGCCCGUGCUCUCGGCGAUUACCUGGCAUCGAGUCCCGUAUUCCUACGCCAAAUACGCGCGCCACGGCUGCCCGACUUUCCAUACUGUAGACAAUAUUUAUGAGACAAGCUAAACUAAACUAAACUAUACUAUGCUAUACUUUAUUAUAUUACUAUACUAUACUAUACUCGUAACUCAUAUUACAUACAGUGUAAGUAAGCGCAACGUCUGACGCGAACGAAGCGGUAGAUUUAAUUCUAUUUUUUUCUCGUUGAGCGUAUUCGCUUCGCGGUUUCCUUGAACGAGUUUUCGAUCGGUCUUUCGCGCACAGCAUCCCCGUGUCACGAAUCGAUCCUCGUACCGUGAGGUCCGUUCGAUGCAGAACAGCCGCACGGAUUCCUCGUCGAAAAUAGUCCCGAGUCUAGACAACAGCGAUCGCGAUUUAAACACAAACGGAGAGACGUUCGCGCCAAUCCCUUAUACGCUUCCGAAUCAAGCGACACGUAGCAGGCCAGGAUCGACUCUCCUCCGUACGAGUGCAAUAACUAAGCCAUUUCUUAUUUUCGACCCGUUUUUUUUUCUUCCGAUAUCGUACCAGUCAUAGCAUUUCUCUUCGCCAACCUAUAUUCUAUUUGAUCGAUCGACAACUCGUUCGUCAAUGCGUGUACUGUAUGCUAAGCGAACAAACAGCUAUUGUUUCGAAAGUGUGUGCGCGUGUGUGUACAUGUGUGUGUAUGCGUGUGUGCAUGUGUGUGUGUGUAUGUGGGAGAAAGAGAGAGAGAGAGAGAGAAAGAGAGCUUACGUUCGAGGAACGGGAGCAGAUGAGCGCUUCGUCGCGAAGAAAAAUCCGAAAAGAGGAUUAGAAACAAGAGUAGGCUUGAGUAGAAGUAGUAGGAGCGACGACGACGAAAAGACGGUAAGAGAAGACGAUAAAUACGUUUAUGGAUCGACUUGAUGCAUAGUUACUGAAUAAUUAUUAAUCGAUAAUAUUACUGCCUCGCGAGGCCUUGAUGCGUGACGGCGGUCGAAACGAACGAGAGCGGAGCUGGUAUCAAACGUUCGCGGGAAUAUAUGUAGUCGGGAGAAAUGGUAGAAAUCGUAGAGGUCGGCAAUUUCGAUGCCGACGAGCCAACCGACACGACCGCCGUCAUUGACGGAGAUUACUAGAUUAUUAGACAUGUAAGAAGUACUAUUAGGUAGAUCGUAGAAUUUAAUGACUACUUUCUUUUUUUUGUAUCUAAGCAGAAGAAGAAGAAGAAAAAAAAACGAAGAGACGCCUUAGCGUUCUCCGUGCGAGAAUCUGUGGUCGGCCAAGCCGGACGAAUAUUAACAAAUAAUAGAGCGAAGUUUCUGGUAGGAAGCUGGUAAACUGUGAGCAAGACGAAUGGAAAUAAAGAGUGAAAGAGUGAGUGUGCGUCUGCGUGAAAGGGUAAAGAUCGCGUGGAGGAUUUUCGAUCUGGAUAAAAGUGGUACUAACGAUCGCGAUAAAGAAGAAGAAAAAAAGAGAAAUGAAAAGAAACAAACGCUAGAGACCGUUUGACGCGAAGAAUAAGAGCAACGGGCAUAGAACAAAAUAUUGAGCGGAUGAUACGCGCCGUUUUUCACCAUUUCCCCUGCAAAAUCUACAAACGAAUCCGUCUACAUGCAAGUAUACCUCACGUUUUCUACCUUUUUUUCGGUACUUAUUCGUAUCAUCGUGAUGACAUUUUUGCGACAAAAUUUGCGGAUAAUCGAUUUAUUCGCUCGUUUCCAAUGUCAGCUUGAACAUAACCACGCUAGUAAUCUUUCUAGAUUCUAAAACAUAGAAUCUUGCGUUCGAUUAUCUCUAUCGCGUGUUCUUAUCGAUUCUGUAUACCUGGACUUGCUCCUGUUUCGUUUAUUUCAUCUUCUCCCUCGAAACGUUUUGCACUCGGCUUUUCUCGUUUUUCGCUCGAUGGUGAAACGCGCGUAUCGAAAGCUCUUGCUUAACACUUUCCGUAAGUUAAUCGAUCGAUCAAGCUGAAAAACGGCAGCGGGAUGAUUGGGAUAACAGCAUACGUAAAUCCGUUCAUUUACAUGUGCCUUUCAAGCGAUUGUCAAGAAGGAAACGCAAAUAUUAAAUGGUUUAUUAGCAUGGCAUUUUCCACGGCUGACAUUUCCUGGAAUCGUUUUGCUCAACUAUUGCAAACGUCGAUCGUGAUUGACGAAAAAGCAAACUAAUAUGGGAAAAGACGAUGAAGAGGGCAAAAGUCAAACGUUUGCAAUCCUAAGAACAAUGAAUGUCGCGAGAACCAUGUAAUUCGGGAUCGCCGUCAGUUUCAAAGCAUUUAAAAAAAAAGCUGAAAAAAACGUAUAUAUAGUAAUAUAAAGAUAUCGCGAUUAAAAAGUGGGAAAGGAAGGGUAGAUAGAAAAGAGGGGAUAAAAUUUUUGAAAUAAAUAGACAGAAGCAUUGUGUGUGCUCAUGUACGUAAACAAUGCAUACACAUACACUUACAUACGCAUCGUCAAACAGGGAAGAAAGAGAGAAAGAGAGAUACACGCACAUAUACACGAACACAUCAUAUGGAUACACAAGGGAGUCGUCGUAGUAAAUGAUUAGCUUCUUUACAAGUUAUCCUUCGUGCUAAUUAUUACUGCUUUUAAUCAGGUCUAUCUAACUCGUGUCUUGCGCAUUAUAAUUGGGUUUAUUAUAAUUGUUUACUUAUUUUUUCUUUUUCGUUUUUUUAUAAUUAAGUUUUCAUUACGCAGGUAAGCAAAGGUGGAAUACCUUGAAUUUUCUUUAUUUUGGGUGUCGGUUUGGGAUUGGGAACACUCUAACCAAAAGCAAUUGAAAGAUAUGAUACUAUUGUAAAAGUCGAUGAUUUUCGAUAUUUGAGAUAUCGAGAUAGUAUUUAUACAAGGGACGGUGAAAUGAAACGCGACGUCGAUAAUUUUUAACAAUUUUUAUUUGGUCCUUUUACCACCAGAGUUUGAAAUCGUUAAAGUUUCGAAAGGCGUAGAAAAGUAGAAAAACCGUACUUGGACGGGAUACGAUCGUUUAAAAAAUACGGGCUCCAUUUAUUAGUAACUGUUGAAAUCGGAAGUAUUUUUAUAUGGUAUCGAAUGAAUGGGAUUUAAUAACGUCCAGCUUAAAAGAAAAAGAUAUUUUGAUAUUUUUAUGUUAUAGUUCGGCAUUAAAAUGCAUUUAAAACAAGAGAAUAUUUUCAAUGGUUCGAAUUACCAUUGGUAAUUGUCGUUCGCCUCUUCCACAGAGUUUUGUUUAUAUAUAUUUAGCUCGCGAUGGAUCGCAUCUAUUAUUGAAAAUUUCACGGAAAUUCCGUACAAUCGAUGUUGCAAAAUUUACCAAGAUUUUGUUUGCCGAUAGGAAUUCUGUUAAGAAAUUGCUUAACGCUUUGGUACGAAGGAAUUCCUCGAUCAUUCGACAUUUAUAUUAUUAAAGAUAACAAGGGGAAUACAAAAAUAAGACAAAGAAAAGUGAAGGAAAUAUUUACGUUAUAUAGUUUUUAUUAUAUAUUAGGCGUAAUCGACAUUCGUAUGAUGUUUCGAGGGCAGAAACUUUUCUUUUUUUCGCGGCACUUAUUGCGAGAAAGUAAACUAAUCGUAAGAAGAAGAACAGUUUCGGCAAACAUAGAUCGAAAAGAUUCAUACAGUUAGGUAUAUGGGAUAGGGCAAUUUAGGAAGAGAGCGACCAACCAUACUAACCAGAAAUUUAGGAAAUAUAGUGCUUUAUUUUUUGUAUAACUUAUUGUAUUUCUAUUAUUAUAUCUCGAACAACAGAAUUUCAAAAAUAAGAUUCGAUUGCAAAGCAUUCGCUUUUUAAAGAGAAAUUUAGUGGUUAGAGAGAAAAUUUGUAGAAGAGAAAAUAAGAGCCACAAAAUAUUGCCUUUUCAAUCUGGCGACGCCCCAUCGAAAACUUUAUUCUUCGUUUCCAUUUGGGCGAAAUAUCUGUCUAAAUUCGUGAACAUUCUUCAGCCGUACUAGUUCCGACGAAUCGGUUGCUCUUGUUACGCGUGACGCGUACGAAUGCGGUGUGCACGGAUAUGAAACAAUGCCAGUGAAAAAGAGAGAGAGAGAGAGAGAAAGAGAGGCGAAAGGUAUUAGCGAGACAAACGUAUGACGUUCUAUCGUACAGACGUGUAUGAAAGGAAAGAGGAGAGAACAAAAUUGUUAAUUUUUCGCAAUGAAAAAUUUCAGGAGAAGAUAGGUAAAAAGGGAAGGCCUGUGAACCCGCGAGAAACAGUUGAAAUAUCUAUUUGGCACAUCGCGUCCAAAAAUGAAACGCGUUUAGAUCUUAAGAAGAUAGAGAAGAAAAUUAUAUAAAAGAUACUUAUGGACAUGCAACGUCGAAAACUUGCGUCAACUCAGAACAUGGGUGUAAAAAGAAACAAACGAAACGAAUUACGAGACUGCGUGUUCUGUAUAACAGAAAAUCGCUCGCAUAUUCGUUUCGCGAGCUCCUUGUUUAAAAGAAAAUUUUAUAUUUAUCUUAUGUUUAAAAAUUUGCUCGCAACGCGAGAUGAUUCGUACUUUUAUCGUUAAUUACCCAGUGUUCUUCGAGUCUAAUCGAAUGCUUGAAAAUAUUUAAUUCGGCUCUCCACUCGAAAGACAGUUACACGUGUGAAUGUAUUACAUUAUAGAUAGCGAGGUGGAACGCGAACGCGAGAUAAGAGGGGGUGAAACGAAGUGUUUAGCGUAGAAAGUGAAGAAAGAAGGAUAUUAUCGAUUAUCCUUAUACCAGAGUCGUAUUGAAUACGUCCUGCUACCAAUCACGUAUAAGCGAAUCUAUAACAUAAGCAAAAAUUUAUAAGCAGCAGUCAGGCACUGCGAUGUACUCGUUCGCGUUACACCUAUCUUUCAAAAGACACGUUACGUUUGUCAAGUUUCUCCGAAAAUCGCCACGAUUAUUUCUUGGCGGACCACGGUCUUGUGAUUAUCGGUGAGAAAGAAAAAAAAGAAAAAAAAAAAGAAAAAUGUGAGAAUAAAAAUGAUGUGAGUGAUUGCGCGCUAAUUGACUUAGCGGAAUCAGUCGAUAUGUUUUCUUGGUAUGUUUGCGCAACGUACGUUCGAGGACUGUGUAAAAGAAAAGAACAGGAAAGGAAAAGAAAGAAUGGAAGGAACGAUAACGAAAGUAGGAAUGGCGUAACGAGAGCGAAGCGAACGAAAAGCGUCACGAGACAUGAUAAUACCGAGGGAAGUGUGUAUAGCUUUUGAACCGAGAGAGCCUUGUGUUAAGUGCCUUCAUGUAACACUUAGAUUUUAGGAUAGAAGAAGGAGGAAAAAAAAAAGAAAAGAAAUCAAGAGGCGCUGGGCGCAUCCAGCUGUGAACGAAUUUUUACGGUAUUAUCGGCCGGGUGUCACGCACAGAGAAACCAGUUGACGCGUAAUUUCGAUGGAUUCAGCCCCUAACUUGCUGUUUUAAAAAAAGAUAGUAUCUUUAGAAAAGAUAGUAUCUCUAAAAAAGAUAUAUUUAAAGAUGCGAUUAAAGAUGUGGCUCGGUAGAGAAGCAUUAACUUCCUUUUGAGAGAAAUGCUUUUGUUGCGAAACGCGACGCAAAUAAAGUUAGAAGGACGAAUCUGUCGAAAAGUACAGCGAGUUAAUGUACCAUUUACGAGUGACACUCGCCGACCCUUUUGAGACCAGUGAUAUUUUUUUAGAAAUUAUUUAUUUACGCCGAAGGAAACAGAAUUUAAUCUCGAUCACUCGCCUUUAUACUGCCAAUGUAUCCGCUAAGACGUACUCAUCUUCGUUGUCGAUCCAUAUACAUACAUAGUGACUACCAUCCUUUACGCGUUACACAUUUGUUCCUUUUUUCCUCGAUUCCUAACAACCGCAAUGUGAUUCCCAUGUCUUUAUUUUACUUCGGUUUCUAUUUAUUCUUAUACGUUUCUCCUUGUUCUUUUGUUUUUCCUUUUUAUCACUAUAUAUUUGUUUUUGUUUUAGUAACGAGUACAGCGUUUUAGUAACGGCUGUACUCGCGUUCCUUUACAUUUCUUUCGUUCGUUCGCGUUUAAUUACACAGUACAAUUAUUUGUAAUAAAUAAUAGCGAAUUUACCGCACGUGGAGCAAGGCCGCGUGGAAAAUAUCGAGAUCGAGACAUCCCUUGGUUCUGUACCGUUUCUCUUUGACAUGAA